AUUCAAUUCAUUGCACAACGAAAAGCGAAAAUAAUAAAAAUUCGCCUUUGCUUUGAUCUCUCUCUGCUGUUUUAAGUGAUUAAAAGUGUUUGUUAUAAAUUACUUGUCAGUAAAAUUUAAACAUUGGUUAAGAUUUGAUACAGUAACUUACACACAAAAAAACAUGUUCCGUUUUAUAGUUGCGUUGUUGAUAAUCAACUCCUAUUCAGGCAGUUCGGGAGCUCCUACAAAAAAUGUUUCGCUCUCUUUUUUGCUGAAUGAUCUUGCUAAUAAAUGUAGUAGUUCGUUUCUGUCGACCCAGAUGGAAAACAGACUCGGCGAUUGUCAUGUGUCUGUUCCUCCGUAUCAAAAGAAGCAACUUGAAUGUCUAUUAUUUUACGAUAUAAAUAGACAGCUUUGCGAAGCUGUCGCCUCAUCCAAGUUGAAUCUUAAUGAAGACUACACUUCCAAAAUACUAGCAGAACAAGAUGGAACACAGCUGUGUGCCGCCUCAAAGGAUUGGACUUUUACUAACAUCAGUGAGGUGUAUAAUAAAACAGUAAAUGCUGUGUUUCAUGACCCAGCUAAGUGUUUCAAGUUUUGUGUUCUUGACAGCGAUAAUGUUUUGAGUGUGGACACCACUUUUUACUGUAAAUACUUCAAAUGGGGGUCAAAUAUGUUGAAGUCUCAGUUGAGUAUAACUAACCCCGAGAAUAAUGCAGACAUUGUUGUUCAUAUACCAAAUGAAAAUGUUUCUAUAAAAAAUAAUUCUGAUACAAGCAGUAAACCUGAUAUUGAUACUGAGAAUGAUCUUCCAUCUAAUCAUGACAGCACAAACACUAUAAAAAUCCUCCAGCCUAAUGUUGCUAGUUCUAAAAGUGAUUCUAUCACAUCUACAAAUAAAGUGAACUCAGAAAUAGUGGUUACACCAAACAAACUUGAACAAAAUACAGUCCAUGUUAAACAAAAUGAUGUCUCUGAAGUUACUGAUGGCGAUAAGGAACACAAUAUUUCAAUCCCCAGUGUAAAUACAGGGACCUUAAUGAAUGGUUUAAAACCACCCUUGGAUGCUAGAUUAUUAGCUCACAAAGAAAAAACAACAAGCACAAUAAGUCCAGUUGAAAACAACAAUAAGAAAAUAGAGACGGGCAAAGACGGUACAAGUCAGGAUGUGAUAAAUCAGAUUGAAAACAGACCUGCCAUUGAUAAUGGAGAUCCCGAUGACUAUCCUGCAAAUGACAAUGAUUCAGAGGAAGUCAGAGACGGGCUUGGUGACACUCAUGUUGAUGAGGACCCAGAUGAUACAUUAGAUACUGCUAAAAUAGAACAGAUUGUAAAUAAAAAGGAAUUGAAAAUGGAUGAACAGAAGAUUGACAAUAAUGAUCUUCUACCUAAAGAAUCAUAUUCCAAUACCAUUCCUGAUUUUGCCGAGGAAGAUGAUCAUUUCUUUCCAUUUUUCUUAACAGCCAUAAUAAUGGUUGUGUUGCUGUAUAUCCUGUACCAUAAUAAGAACAGAGUGAGCAAAGUGGUCCUCGGUCUGAUAGUGGAAGGUAGGCAACCAGGCCGUCGUCGCAACAGCAGAGGGCAUGCAUACCGACGCCUCGAUACUUUAGAGCAAGCUAUGAGCACGAAUACAGCAGCACCGCCCAGUAAAAUCAUCUACUGAAUCAACUUUCAACAUUUAGGUAAAAAAAUCAGAGACCCAUUUGUGGUACCCUAUAAGUAUAUUGUGUUAAAUUUUCUUUUGUAUCUUAUGCCAAUUUUGCACUUUUAUAUUAGCUAUUGAUGAUUUUUUUUCGUCUACGGCUUCUAGUAAGGGUGCCACUGAUUCACAGCAGCUAACUUCUUUGCAUUUGUUUUCAGCUUUGAUUUAAAAUUUGGCUGAAGUACUGUAUGUACUACCUAAGAAGUCCUUUUUUAUUGAAUACUUUGUAAAUCUAACCAUAAUCAAAAUAUGUUAGUGGUGUCUGCUUUGAUUUAAGGUAAGAUUUUAGUUUUCUGUGUAUCAUAAUCAUAUAGUUAUAUUAUGCGCCAUUUCUCAAGUGAAACAAAAGCCGUGAUCCUAUAUUUUAUUGCGAG